AUGGCAUUGACACAGACAAGAACAACUCCUCGAGAUCCCUCCAAGUUUCCUGCCGUUCAGCUUUUCCUCCUCGCACUUGUACGAGUCGCGGAGCCGAUUGCUCUGACAUCCAUCUUUCCAUAUGCCUGGCAACUCGUGCUUCAUUUCCAAAUCGGCGACAAGAGCAAUGCCUCCUUCUACGCGGGCCUGCUCAUCUCGGCCUUCUCCUUGGCCGAGGCCUGUACCGGAAUGUUCUGGGGAGGUCUUUCCGACAGGCUAGGGAGAAAGCCCGUCUUGUUGAUGGGAUGUUUCGGUACUGUUGCCUCUCUGCUUAUAGUAGGCUUCAGCAUGAACUUCUGGAUGGCCCUGUUUGGCCGAUGCCUAGGUGGCGCCCUCAAUGGAAACAUUGGCGUGAUUCAAACCAUGGUCGGUGAACUCGUCAAGAAUCCCAAGCAUGAACCCAAGGCAUACGCGAUUAUGCCUUUCGUAUGGUCGAUUGGCACCAUCUUGGGUCCAAGCAUUGGUGGGUACUUUGCCUCUCCUGCGACGAACUUUCCACAUGUCUUUCCCAAAGGCGGCCUGUUCGACAAGUUCCCAUAUCUGCUUCCCAACUUGAUUGCUACUGCUCUCAUGCUUGUUUCCAUUCUUGCUGGUUACUUUUGUCUUGAGGAGACUCACCCAGACAUGCAGCCGUGGAGCACAGCACAAGACCUUGAAGAAUCCCACGCCAAGACGCCUUUGAUGCCAGCUCAAGCAGGUACCACGACAUCAGCUGCCAACCUUGAACAGGAGAGUUAUGGUACAUUCAACAAUGUUGAAGAAGCCAUCGAGGAGGAAUGGGAUGUGCGACCAGACGGUACCAGCAGACCACCGAGCAUCUCCAGCGGCUCUGACAAGGUCUUCACAUGGCGAGUCAUCAUGCUCAACAUUGCUUUGGGGAUUUUUACUUAUCACUCGAUGACAUAUGAUCACUUGCUCCCAAUCUUCUUCCAAGACGAACGUGUGCCUGCUGGAGGCGAUCUUGUCAGCAUCUUUGCCACAAGCUCGAGCUCACUGGCAGGUGGUCUCGGCUUAAGCGUUCAGCAAGUCGGUAUCAUCAUGUCAGUGAACGGCAUCAUUGCGUUGUUUGUCCAAGCUGUGAUCUUUCCAAUUAUGGCCAGCUGGCUUGGAGUUUGGAGAGUCUUCAUCAUAACCGCAGUCGGACAUCCACUUGCCUACUUCAUCGUGCCGUAUUUGGCGCUGCUUCCCACCGACUUGCUCUACCCAGGUAUCUACGCAUGCCUAACGAUCCGGAAUUUUUUCUCCAUCUUGGCAUAUCCGGUUCUGCUCAUUCUGCUGAAAGAAGCCGCACCGGCUCCCAACUGCCUCGGAAAGAUCAACGGUCUGGCCGCAUCGACCGGUGCUGGAUGUCGAACCGUCGCUUCUCCUGUCGCUGGCUUCUUGUACGGGCUCGGCAUCCAGAUAGAAUUCACUGCAUUGGCCUGGUGGGCGUCAGCUGCCGUCGCCAUUAUCGGCACGAUCCAGGCGUUCUUCGUCAACAGAGUCAAGGACGGUCCACAGCAUCGUGUUCGUCCGAUUGCUCCUUGUCGCUUCAUUCCGGAUGAGCACAGAGAACAUCGGCCGUCAGCAGUGGUCAACAUCAAGAUUCACGACCCUGACAGUGGGUACAGCACCGAGGACGAGAGGACUCCAUUCGCUUCUCGCGUUUAUCACGGCUGA